AGGUUGGACAGGCCGCCCAGCUCAGGCGGUAUCUCGACCCGUCAACUGGUUGCUUCGAGAAACAGCCGUUGCAGGUUGGCGAGGCUGCCCAACUCCUUCGGUAUCCUCCCGUUUAGACCCAAAGCACCAAGGUCGAGUUCGGUCACACGUCCCGACGCUUCACCGAGGGCGACACCGGUCCAAUCCGCGAUAGGAGUGUCCGCCGACCAG